AUGUCGAAUUUUCGGCGCGCCCCAGUUGGGGGUAACAAUCGAAACAGCAUUCUAAGUUCUUUGAGAGCUACUGAAAUGGUCGGCAGCAAUGGCAGCAAAGCUGUUCUGCCUGCUGAAAUAAUAUCUACAAUUCUCGACUACCUACCGAUUCCAGAUCUUAUGAGCUUUGCGCGCACAUCGAAACGAAUGCAAGAAAUGGUAUAUGAGGAUUCGCGAUGGGUUUCGAGACUGAAAUCCAUGGGUGUCUGGAACGAAGGAGAAGCUAGGAAAAGAUUCGAAGAAAUACUGAGAAAAAAGCGAGAAAUGGUGCGAGUGAGGGCAGAAGAGGAUUCUAAGAGAAUUGGGAUUGGUGUCGGUGUUGGUGGAGCUGGGGGAGGAAAUGGGAAUGUUGCUGGAAUGAGGAAAACUAGCACGACGUUAUUCGAUGCGGGAGAGGAAGAGUUACGACAGCAGCGGAGAUCAGCAGAAUUUGCUUCGAAGAAUAUUAGAGGCCUUCCGGAUGGAUUUGAGACGUUGUCAAUAUCAGCGCAAGGUCAUAUGAGUCUACCGCCCCCACCACGAACUCGAACGCCUAUGCAAGAUCCGGAAGCUUUGUUGAACGUAUUUGCGGAAGCUAGAUCAAUACGUGGGUCUGCGAGGCAUGAAUACGGGAAAAUAUAUGCAGCACUAGGACCUUUCUACUACGAUUUGGCUAGAUCUAGGAGUCAUGUUGAUCCAGUUUUAUUUCGAGUUUACAGAACACCAGAACAACAGGCACAAAUGCUAGCCCAUCUCCAGGUGUUUUCGCGGAGUGAUUGGGCUCAAGGGUGGAGACAACGAGAGGAAAGGUUAAUUACUAUGACAGGCAUAUUCGAGACCGCAGUGCUGCGAGAAUUUGAGCAGGGUUACGAGGUGUGGGAUAUUGACGGUAGAAUGCGUCGGUAUGCUCAUGUGUUGGGUGUACUAAAUGGGGGGCAUGCUGGUAUAGAAUUAUUCGUUCAGAAACACCCAGUAUUCUCCGACCGCGAUUUUCUCGGUAACUCAAUGGAUUGUAUCAACCAAGCAGCUUCUGAAUGUAUAGCGCUUGAGCCGUCACGGGCGUUUCUGGAAAAGCUGUCCAAGAAAGUGAAUGAACAAGCAGAUAUAAUCGACAGGGUCUUUCCUCCAGGGCAGGAUGUUUUACAGAUCUUUUUGGAUAAAGUAGCAGAGGAUAUUCUUAUGGAAUACGUUACUCCUUUAUUCGAUGAAUCCCACGAACGAAGCAUUGCAUCUUAUCUUCAAGCGGUUUCUGGUAUCUUUGAACAAAGUAUGCAAUUUGCAUCUACACUCAGGUCCACCAGGAAUUCAGGGAAAGACUUUUUCGAUAAAGUUAAAGCUGUUAUAGCGCGAGUGUUUGAACCUCACGUAGAUCUCUACCUGUCAGAAGAACUUGAUCAUUUUAAAAGACACGCCGAAUCUGAAGUAGGAGAAUGGGAGACGAAACUCUCGGCUCAAGAUGCUUCAAAAGAAUCAUUCUUUAUGGGCAAUGUCAAUCGCGUUGCAGAUAAGAAGGACUUCAUGAGUUCGUUCAAAAAAGUUGUUAUGAUGCCUGUUAACGUUUUACCUAUAAUGUCUCCGUUCGGUGCGACUAAGCCCGUAAUAGCGCCCCAGGCAGGGAGUCGAUCAAGCUUGCAGGUACUUAGUGCGAGUCAGUCAGCAGUAUCUUCUCGAUCACCCACUCCAUCAUUACCACCAGGUGCAAUAUCGGUUCCACUACCGACCGAAGCACCAACAGAUGAACUUGCAGCCAAAGCAGCUUUGAUGGCCUCUAGGUUGGAAGGAAUUCGAUCACUCUUCAGUAUUGAAGUGGCUCUAGACCUUACGCAUUCUGCAAAAGCGAGUAUUGAACGUGCAGCUCUUUUCGUCCGACUAGGAGGUCAAACUGGAGAAGAAGCCCGAGAACAGUGCGAGGCAAUAUUCGUAGUGUUAUUGCAAAUCCUUGGAACCAGGCACGUCAAAACAGGGUUUGAUAAAGCCGUGGAUCAUCUCUCCAAAUACAACCCUCGUGAGAUUAGCGAGCACCAACAGGGUGUAGUGGUACCUCUGAUGACAUUCCUGGAGCUUGUCAAUGUUGGAGACUUGAUCUCCCAGAUGAUCGAUGUCUUCUACGAACAGCAACUUGCAACGACUAAACUUGCUGACCGGAAUGAUUUUCUUGAUCCCGCCGUUAAAGCCAAGAAAAAAUUCGAACAAAUGCUGGAUGAGAGAGUCGCAGCCGGUUUGAAUAAAGGUAUUGAUGUCCUAAUGGACGAAGUCGAAUAUAUUUGCGGCACCACCCAGCUUCCCACUGACUACAAUCCACCCGAAUUCGAUGCCACUGGUGCAAACUCAGAUAUUGAUAUCGGGCCAACUAAUACCGCCGUGCAAGUUGUCGCUCUCGUAGAAUCCCACACUAAAAUGCUUACUGGAAGUACCGACAAAACAAUGCUCGACGUCUUCAAUCAAGAAGUAGGACUCCGUCUCUUCACUGCCGUCUGCAAACACCUUAAGCGUCAACGUAUCUCCACUUCCGGAGCCAUCAAACUCAUCUCCGAUAUGAAUAUCUACUUCGUGUACAUCAAGACUCUAAGGAAUGCAGACCUACUGCAGUAUUUCAAGGCAUUAAGGGAAUUGAGUCAGAUUUAUUUGAUCAGUCCAAAUCACGCCAAGGAAAUGGCGACAGUUAUUGCGGAUGGUGAUAGAUUCGGGGGUAUCUUCAGAGCGGAGGAGGUUUACGAGUUCGCGGAGAGGAGGGCUGAUUGGUAUACGGUUAAGAAAGACGUUGAGAGGGCUAUGUAUGGAAUUGGAUGUGGAGUUAUGUGA